UAUACGUCAUAUUUCGCGGAAACCCAGCUGUCAAGGACAUGUGCUUUGUUGUUGUGGUGUUAGUGAUGCGGUUGCUAUUUUUAGUAGUGAACACAUCGUGGAUUGAGCAAUAUAAACCUGAACGUAGAAGCAGUGACGAUGUCGUCCCGAUCAAGUUCUCCAGAGAUCGAAGGAGCUGUUGGCGGGGAAGUUAUCGGUGGUGAUUGCAACCCAACUUCAAAAACAACCACGAUGAGCACUGAAGAUAUGGAUGCGGGAAUGCAGGCCUUUUUUGAAAACAGUCGGACAAAUUUGAUGUAUGAGCUGCAUCAGAUUCAACAUGGAGAGAAGCCUGUGACAGGACAAGCAAACAGAGAGCGUAUCAACCAGUUCUUGAGCAAGAGGUUUGAGGUGCAGGCUCAGAAUGAGGGGAAGGAGAAUGCCCCAGCGAAUGUGGAUGAUGUGGAAGAGCAUCGACCGGAGGCCAUUGUGGUGGAGGUGGAGGGACUGUACCAACAACAACCUGUGUCCUCUCUUCUACGCAGUAAUGUCUUCAGACAACAUCUCAACAACAUCAUCAGACGCAACAUGUCCUCCUUCAGCAUCACACCUCGUAACUCUGUCAGUCCACGCAGUUCUCACCAGGCGUCUCCUGUCCCCUCCCAGAAUUCCCCAUCACCUGACAGACAAAUGCAGAGCAGGACUGAUGAGAGGGCACGGGGCAGUAACUCUGCAGAUGGCUCACAUACCCAGGCCAGGCAUUCUCACCCAGCAUCUGAGGAUGUAACACCCACCUCUACCCCUGAGUCUAGAAAUACAUCACCUCCUCAGUCACGAUCACGGACUCCCCCAACCUCUAAUAGUGGAGAAAUGUACAACUUAAGCACUGAAGUUGCCGCUAACCCAGAAGUUAAUGUUGUACCACCAGCUCCUGACCUGGCAAGAAUGGUGCAUGUGGAGAGUGAAGAAGCUCUGCAGGUUCAGAGGGAAAAUCUAGUGGAAGAGAUCAGUGAGUUGUUGCACCAAAGACUUGUGUCCUCAUCACUGGAAGGAGAAUUCCGAGGCACGAUGGAAGUACACCUGGAGCAGAGGCUUGGACAAUCGGGCGCUGAUGGAAAUCGUGUCAGGAACUUUCUUCGCUCGCUCCCUGUAAACCCAUUUCAUCAAAGAAAUGAUUUCUCUCAUCUGGGUAUUCAAAUGGACAAUGACCUAUCAGAUAUUGACAACAUCUCAGUGACAAAUAUCAGCGCAGCUGCUGUGCCGUAUACACAGACUAACCUUCACCUUAGCCGUGAGCUGAAUGCCCUUAAAGCUCAGAUGGAAGAGAUGAAAACUAUGCUCAAGUUGAGUGUGGAGAUGCAGAUGGAUGUGCAGCGUGCGAUCAGACAGGAGGUGGCAGCAGCAGUGUCCCAGGCCUCAGGUGAUCAUGCAGAGAGCAGUCAGAUGUUAAAUCGGGCUCGCCCAGUGAGCGACUCUCACUGCCUCAUAUGUUUGGAUAGUCACGCAGAUUCAGUGUUGUAUCAGUGUGGCCACAUGUGCGUAUGCUAUGGCUGUGGGAAGCACCUGAUGAGACAGAGUGCCAAAUGUCCCGUCUGUCGGGCUCCCAUACGAGACAUCAUCAGGGCUUACAAGUGUAAUGUGGAAUAAGUGGUUAUCACAUCACGUACGACAUUGUUAUUCUGUAUAACUCCAUUCAUGCAUGGAAUAUUGUAAAUUUUUGUAAAGUGUUAUGCACAGUGAGGUUUUGUGUUUAGCAAGUUUAAGCCUUUGUGUGAUCAUCGGACUUUAUUCUGAUAUAAUUGUUAUUAGUGGACAAAUUCAAACAAAUAGUUAAUUGAGCUUAAGCUUGAUUAAAAUGAAAUUUAUUUUUCAUCUGUCAUGAGGUAUACAUUGAAAAUAUCCCUGACAGAUGUAUUAACCCAGUGGACGUUUGUGUGGUAGCUAAGCUGGACUUACUGCAUGUAUCUAAGACGUGUGUGGUAACUAAGCUGGACUUACUGCAUGUAUCUAAGACGUGUGUGGUAACUAAGCUGGACUUACUGCAUGUAUCUAAGACGUGUGUGGUAACUAAGCUGGACUUACUGCAUGUAUCUA